AUUGAAGUUUGCCGAAGAUGGCCGAGUUGUUACCAUUGGCUUUAUUUGAUUUCAUAUCGAGCUACUUGACUGUGUUAUUUACUAGGAGCUUGUAGUUAAGUGAAGACAGGACGUUACACCUGUUUUGUCUGACAAAAUGUUAAGCACUGUUAACACAGAAUUGGUGAAUUAUUAAAGCUUUGUUUGAGAAAAGGAGUUUUCAAUAUUCGAGAUUAUGGAGAACCCGCCCGACUUUUACCGGAUAAUGUCUCUCCGUCUGUCCAGGGCGUUAAGCGACAUUGGCGUCAACAGGUGGAUGGUGAGGAGAAGAAGGAGAACUUUUCUCAUGAUAGAGGCGAGCAGAACGAUCAAUGAUAAACUACAAGGACUUGAUAUUACCUGUUUCCAUUUCGGGAGUCAGUCAGAGGGAACAACUACACCGGGACUAAACUCCGAUAUUGACACAUUAUCCUACAUAAACGACACCAACAUCAUGUCAUCCUGGUCUGAAUGGGAAGCCGGGAGGCGAAACAUGCUGAUGGUGAAGGAAGAAACGUGCUCUCCACAACAUUAUCUUCUACAGGAGAUUAGACAUGACUCACCUGAACCGGUCAUACAUUCAAGUGGUGUAUUCCGUGUAGUUGACAGUAAGGGCCGUGUACUAUUUGUAAAUACAUUAUUUGGAAUUAUAACACAACUGAUCUCAAUAAGAGAAAAUUUACUUUACUACUCCAGUGGCCCCUCGCAUAGCUCUUUUAAAAUGUAUGACUUUGUGUUUGCGUAUUGGUGCAGGUCACUUCCGCAAGAAUGCCACGCGUGGUUUAAACGACCGAGGCCCGGCCACUGGCCGACACCGGAAGUGCUGAGAGACGUAAGGAAGUGUGGGUGUUUUCUUGUUCCUGAUGGAUACUUUGACAGCUAUUACAGACAUGUUGAAUGGAGAAUUUCUCCUAGUCUUAUUGAGAGAAUACUGAUGUUUACCAUGAAAACAUUACAGCUUAAAUGUUAUGUGGUUCUGAAGAUUCUAAAAUCACACGUCAUCAACCCCCUUUUAGAUAAUGAAGGAAAACUGACAAGUUUUCACUGCAAAACUGCCCUGCUUUUCGCCGCGGAAAGGUUGCCGUCCGAAAUGUGGAGAGAAAAUCGCUUGAUGGAAUGUAUUGUGUAUUGUUUGAAAUUGUUGCUUGGUUGGACGAAAACCGGUAUGUGCCCUCACUUCAUUGUAGCAGGCGUGAAUCUUUUUCAUGGAAAAUUUACAAGUCGGCAGUUAGCAAAUCUUUCUAAGAUCCUUUCAAAUAUCAUUGACACUCACUUAGUAGUACUCGCGUACAUACAAGCAGACGAUUUAGGCAACCGGAUGUUCAGCAAAAAUAUCAGAACUGUUCGCUACAGUGAAGGGUUACACAUAUCGACAAAAAAUAGUUUAUGUAGGUGGCUAAGUGUACAUGCUCACUUCAACAUUUAUAAGGGUUUCCAGUUAAUUCUGUCUGAGACGUCUGAUUUCAUGUCUGAAGAUAUGAUUUCAUAUUUCGGCCUAUAUCUUACAACAGUACGUACAUAUGUUCAUGAGCUGCCGUUUCCAUUAAGAGUACAAUAUUUUGACUAUGUUUUUAGACAAGUGUUGAGCGUUUUUGCAUCCACUGCUGCAUCAUGUUGCAUACGGAAUGGUAGUGUUGUUCCUAGAAAUAUACUGUGUCUGUUCGAAAGUUCCUUAGAUACGGAUGUGGCGUCAUCAAGACUGAAGUUGGCUUCUUUUCUCGUCUGUCAUAAUGAGCUUGAAAGAGCAGCGGACGUUCUGAAUGAUGUUGAACGUAGAUAUGACGACAGCGUGCAAGCUGUAUGUGCAUGUCAUAGGAUGGAUCCUUUAGAUACAGAACAUCACAAACCACUGUGCACUACCAGUGUUGUUAAUAACGAUGACGUGUUAUUAACAAACAAAACGGCAUUAUGUGUUCGCUACUUGAGACAGGAGGCGUUCUGUGCACCACCGAUAUUACACUACGAGAUGGUGAGGGGAUUAGGCGAGGAUAUCAAUCAUAGGAAUGUUAAUGAGCGUUAUUGGAUGAACUGGGCCGUUGUGGACUCACUGCCUUACCUCUACUACCUGCAGUAUCUGACUUUCCGUGAUCUUGGCCAGCGAGGAAGACAACGUCAAGCUUUAAUGAACUUAUAUAACUGCUUCCGUGACGCCAGCCGUCGUUCCCAGCUCUACCACGGUGAGACGUAUCUUAACCUGGUUGGGCACUGCAUGGAGAUGGAGGGCCAACCGGAGAGGGCAUUACAAGGGUACAGGAUAUCCGUCGAAGGGAUGCCCAGGAACAACGCGGCGCACUGGCAUAUUUACAGACUCAAUCAUGGCUACGAGAUUUAGAUUUAAACUUGAGAAAGCAUGUUUUAAUAUGUUUCAUUACUAUAUAUGCCAGUGAGUUUAUAUUAAUGAAAAUAAAUCAUGUUUUCAUUUAAUGGAUAAGGUUUUGUUUGAUUAUUAAAAAAUGUAUUAUUAUUUUUUUUUUUUUUUUAUUAUUCUUUUAAUUGUUAUCAUUAUUAUUAUUAUAAUUAUUAUUAUUAUUAUCAUUAUUAUUAUUAUUAUUAUUGUUAUUAUUAUCAUAUUAGUUUGGCUUUGUCCUAAUUUUCAUAAUGAUAAGUAUGUUUGACCAAAGUAACACUGACCUGUGUCCCUUUUUCUUUGACACUUAAAGAUAAAUUUAUUUAUAUCCUUCUUUUCUUUUCUUAAUUUUUGUUCGCAAAUCAUGCACACUUGAUAGCAACCAUGGCGGUGAUACGCUUAAGCUAUUUCCACGCCAACAAAACUAGGGAUUAUUUGAUCCAUAUGUUGCCAGGAAAAAUGAUCGUUCCAUCUGCCAUUAGUUAACAGUUGAAACAGAGGCAAUUUCUUUUGAUAAAAUAGGGAUCGAAUUUAAAAGAAGCUGCAAAUAGACACAAUCAAAGUCCCGAAGUUUUGUAUUUUGAAUCUUUUAAAACAACAACUGCUCACUUCAUGGUAUAUAUUUGUAUUUUUUAUCUUGAAUAUGCCUUAGAUAGGACAUGACUGGAGUAUAUAAAAGUGUACACUUUUAACGCUACCGUUAAAGCUGCACUCUCACAGAUUGACCGAUUUCACAUUUUUUCAAUUUUAUCUCAGAAUCAGCUGAUUUGGGAUCAGUGCUUUAAAUUCAGUCAUAUAAGACAACUUACAACAGAAUAAAUCUCAAUUGUUUGAAAAAAUGCCGAAAAUUACAUUUUUCUUAAAGCGUUUGAAACGCUUUAAGCCAUUAAACAUCAAUUUUCGAACGUAUCUAUUUAAAACUGCCAUCUCACAUCUUAUCACCAGUCUUAUAUCAUUGCUUUCCAGACAUUUACGCAAAAUUUGGCUUAUUCCAAGACAACAAUUUAAAAAGUUGUCAAAACGGUCCAUCUGUGAGAGUGCAGCUUUAAGACAUUGAAAAUGUAUAUAGAAACUAUGGCGGUUUGGUCCACAAUAUUGAAUAAAUAAAACGACAAUAGCCCUAUAA